AUGUCUCAGGUGCUUCCGAGCAAAGCCACGAGUUGCCGAAUGCGUGAUGGGACAGCUACCUGCGAGAGGGUAACACCCUCUCGCCCAUUCACAACUUGCGGGGUUGACUAUGCGGGCCCGUUUGCUACAAAAGGGCGUACGCCUAGCAAGGUCACAGUCAAGGCUUAUAUUUGUAUUUUUAUAUGUUUCGCCACAAAGGCCGUUCAUAUCGAGUUGGCCACGGACCUGAGCACUGAGGCAUUCCUUAAUUGCCUUAGAAGGUUUACAGCGCGAAGAGGUCGAUGUCGUUGCAUCAUUUCCGACAAUGCAACCAAUUUUGUAGGAGCAAAAAACGAGCUCAAACAAUUAAGCGAGCGGCUGAAUUCUCAGCAUCAUAAAAAACGAGUGACUGAAUUUCUAACAAAGCAAGGAAUAGAUUGGAAAUUUAUACCUCCUCGUGCUCCUCACUUCGGAGGACUAUGGGAAAGCGCGGUAAGACUCGCGAAAUAUCACCUUAAGCGAGUUAUCGGCGAGCAAAGGCUCACAUAUGAAGAAUUAUACACGUUGCUGACGCAAAUAGAAUCCUGUAUGAAUUCUCGUCCUCUCACUCCAUUAUCAUCCGAUCCCGCAGAUUUCGAUACCCUCACUCCCGGACAUUUUUUGAUUGGCAAUCGACUGACCGCGUUACCAGAUCAUGACAUUACUCAAUUAAAGACAAGCCGACUAGGUCGGUAUCAGUUAAUUCAACAGAUGCUACAGCAUUUUUGGAGGCGUUGGCAAAGGGAAUACCUCCACCAGCUUCAGCAGAGGCACAAAUGGACACAAUCCACAUCGCCAAAGGUCACCGAAGGCGCUUUGGUCAUCGUCAAGGAGGACAACCUGCCUCCCUUGCUUUGGUCUCUUGGCAGGUUCAUACAUCUGCAUCCCGGCAAGGAUGGAGUGGCUAGGGUCGCCACCAUCAAAACAGCAGAGGCGGAGUACAAAAAACCAGUGACAAAAUUGUGUCAGUUGCCGAUCCUGGACAAUGAAAGACACUAA